AUGGCUUAUGCAUAUUGGAAAUCAGAAAAAACAUCCGAUACAGCUGUAUUUGAUUUAUUUUUUCGUCAGAAUCCAUUCCAAGGCGAGUUUACCAUAUUUGGUGGAUUGGAGGAAUGCUUAAGAUUUUUGGAAAAUUUUAGUUAUUCUGACAGUGGUUAUUUCAAAGUGUAUACUCUUAUUAAUUUGAAUAAYGGCAAAGAACAAGAUUUGAUUGACUUGACUUUAUCAUGGCGUACUACAUUAUCAAGCCUUUUACACAUAUCUGAAAGCCAAGCAUCUGAUGGAGAACUAGCUGCUCUUGUUUCAUUUGCAAUUGCUUUUCCUGAAGGUUUUGUAGCACUCAUAGACACUUAUGAUGUAAAUAAGUGGCAUUUCUUAGGACCAAAAGAACUACCUGUCAUUUCAAGUUUUGGAAGUGGAAUUUUGAACUUCUGUGCUGUAGCCUUGGCAUUAAAUGAUCUAGGAUACAAGGCUAUUGGUGUUAGAAUUGAUAGUGGUGAUUUAGCCUAUUUGUCAAAUAAAUCUCGUGAAACGUUUGUCAAAAUUGCAAAAGAAUAUAAUAUACCUUGGUUUGCUAAUUUAACUAUAAUCGCAUCGAAUGAUAUUAACGAAGAAACGAUUUGGAGUUUAAAUGAUCAAAAGCAUAAUAUUGACUGUUUUGGAAUUGGAACGCACCUAGUUACUUGUCAAAGGCAACCAGCCUUGGGAUGUGUGUAUAAAUUAGUUGAAGUAAAUGGCACACCUCGAAUUAAAUUAAGUCAAGAUGGCAGUAAGAUUACAAUGCCUGGUAAAAAGGAUGCUUUUCGACUGUAUGGUGCUGAUGGAUUUGCCUUGAUAGACUUAUUGAAAAAGUCUGUUGAAGAUCCACCAUUAGCCAAAACAAAACUUCUUUGCAGACAUCCAUUUGAUCAAAAAAAACGAGCGUUUGUUGUACCAUCAGAAAUAAAACCUUUAUACAAARUUUAUUGGGAAAAUGGACAUAUAAUGCAACGACUACCUGAUUUAAAAGAAGUYCGAGAACAUGUUAAAGAAUCUUUAAGAACAAUACGCCCUGACAUUAAAAGAAAUUUGAAUCCUACUCCUUAUAAAGUAUCAGUGUCAGAUGAUUUGUAUGAGUUUAUGCACGAACUAUGGAUGCGAAAUACGCCAAUCGGAGAGUUGUCUUGAUGUGAUGCUUGAUUUAAUAUGACCUACAGUUAUCAGCUGAUGAAGUUAGAUUCAAAAUAACCUCAACAACACGCUUGAAUGUGCACUCACUUAAACACAAGCUUUAAGUUGUUUGACUAAAAGUAAAUUCAUUUUGAGAUCAAGGAAUGAAUAAAUUAUUUAACAAUCUCUUAAUAAAUUAUUUAAUUAUAUUAAUUCAACAUGUAGGUGCCAAUGUAUUUAUUAAUUUUGAGCACAAAAGAUAUAUUUUGGUUAUCAAAUAGUGAUCACAUUUUAAAAUACUCCAACUAAAUUUAAAAUGAAAUCACUUAUUUUAUUUUGUAAAUUUUGAGUUUAUCUUACACAAGAAUGAUGUGAUGAAAUUGAACAAAACAUAAAUCAAACAAUUUCUAGUCUUGACAAUAGUAAUUUAUCUAAGUACUUAAUGCAAUUGUUUUGUUUAUUAUCUCAAUAAGAUUAAUACCAGCGUGUAUGGCAUUCCUUUUUUUUGUUUUAAUUUUAUUAUUUUUGUGUUCACCACUUUUUUGUUGAAAAGUGAAAAAUGUUGUUUAGCUAAUGAUUCUAUUUAGAUGUUUAGGAAAUACAAAAGUUAAUAUUUGUAAUUUUUCAAAAAGUUUAUUUUUUUACUUGUAUAAUUUUAUUGAGUAUAUUUAUGUUAUAGAUAUACAUUUUUUGGGUAUUUUA